AUGGAUUCUGUAGCCCAAGGUUGGACCGAUGUGAGGCCAGAGGCCGACGACUACCGCUUCCUACAGCGCUCCGAUGAGCGCCGACAACUCUUUCAACAUCUGAAGUCCCUCAACGCCCCCAGCCAGUUACGCACGGUAUUCUGGGCGUUCUUCCAGGUCGCCGAUAUCGACGUUCUGCGAAGGGGUGUUGAGUCCGAGAUGUUUGUAGAAACACUCGGAUCUUUUGAAGUCAACUCGGAUGUUGAAAGAAAAGUGGUAGACGCCCUCCUACUCUGGCGGCAGAAACGACCAGAGAAACAACCUACAGCAAAUGCAACGCCGAUCCACUCGUCAUCGAAAGUUCCCUCCAACCAACCAUCCUCGGCUCCCCCUCUCAAUGCCAGCGUACUGGCCGGGUCCAAGCGAACUCGAUCCGGACAUAUAACUGGCGGCCAGCAAUGCAGUGUUACCCGGAACGAUGGCGUUAAGUCAAACUGCAAGAGGCGGGAUGGAAACCUUUGCGCGGUUUCGAGGAUGGCGGAAAUCGACGCCGCCCAUAUUUACCCAUGGUGCGCCUUUGGAGGAGAAAAUGAGGGGCGAGUCAGUCAAUUUUGGAGUACGAUGAGGAUGUUUUGGAAGCGCGAGGUGGUGGAAGGCUGGCGAAAGAAGAUAUUUGUCGACGCCAAUCAUCCGCAUCGAGGGACGGAGACAAUCGAGAACAUGGUCUCCUUAUCGGCAACCCUGCACCGAUUUCAUUCGGCUGCUCGAUUUGCGCUCCGACCGAUACAACUGUCAGAUGACAAGACACAACUCGAACUCGAGUUCCACUGGCUUGUUGUUGAAGAGCGCGAUCGCCAUGAUAAGGUAGACAUCAUGGACGAACCUUUGUCUUCGGCCGGCCGGCGUUCAGCUGGACGGGGCUACGGCCCACUCGAUCGGAUCGAUCCCGACGACGACAAAUACCGGAAACCACUCGAAAGCGGAACCAGAUUUGUGAUGACGACCGAUGACCCCGAGAAGCGACCCCUCCCGGAUUCAGGCCUGUUGACCCUACAGUGGCACCUUCAACGUGUCCUUGCCAUGACAGGAGCGGCUGAAUGGAAGGAGGAGGAGUUCGGCGACGACGAUGAUGACGACAAGGACGGACCAGGCGUUACAACUUGCGAUAACGUGGAAAGUUGGCUCCAGAACGUCGAGCCUCCGGAGAAUCAUCGUCCGAGCCAAAACUCACCUGCAAGCGAUUCGGAAGACAGCACAGAUGGUUCGUUUGAAUAA